AUGGGGCUUGCGAGUAAACGGAAGAGGGAUACCGAGGAACACUCGGAUGAAGGUGAGGACUUCGAUAUCGCGGGUAACAUCGCCUUAGACUCGGAAGAUUCUGAUGACAGCGUCUCCGACAGCGACAACGAGGUCCAGGAUAUCAUUGAGUUCUCGGAUGAUGAAAAACAGAAUGCGCCUCAAGUUUCGAAGACUGCAAAGGGAGCAAAGGGAGCAAAGGUUGCGGCGCCACGAAGUGACGCUGCUUUCCCGUCGCUGGAACUGUCCGAUGGCGAAGAUGCGGAUAACGGGGACAAGGACGACGUGGACAGUUAUUUCAAUACCACAUCGCAGUUAGCAGCUUCAAAAGCGAAGAAGGGCUCAUUUGCCAGCUUUGGUCUUUCCAAGUUCAUCUUGGGUAAUAUCUCGCGGAAGGGCUUCAGACAACCGACCCCGAUCCAAAGGAAGACUAUUCCUCUCAUCUUACAGCAAAGAGAUAUUGUUGGUAUGGCGAGAACGGGUUCUGGUAAAACUGCUGCCUUUGUACUACCCUUGAUCGAAAAACUGAAAAUGCAUUCUGCCAAGAUUGGCGCUAGAGCCAUGAUUCUGUCGCCGUCAAGAGAGUUGGCCAUGCAGACGCACAAGGUUUUCAAGGAGUUUGCCAAAGGGUCCAACUUGCGCUCUGUUCUACUCACUGGUGGUGAUGGGCUUGAAGACCAAUUCUCUAUGAUGAUGAGCAACCCAGAUGUCAUCAUCGCCACUCCUGGCAGAUUCUUGCAUCUGAAGGUUGAAAUGAAUUUGGACUUGCACAGCAUUGAAUAUGUGGUCUUUGACGAGGCUGAUCGUCUAUUCGAAAUGGGUUUUCAAGAGCAACUGAACGAACUGCUCGGUUCUUUGCCUACAGCAAGACAGACACUUCUAUUCUCUGCUACCUUGCCGAGCUCGUUGGUUGAUUUCGCCAAAGCUGGUCUUACAAACCCUGUUCUUGUGAGACUGGAUACAGAAACUAAGGUUUCAGAGAAUUUGGAGAUGCUUUUCCUCUCUGUUAAAAAUGAUGAGCGCGAGGCCAACCUACUAUAUUUACUCCAGGAGGUUAUAAAGAUUCCUGUUGCAACUGAAGAGCAGCUACAGCGCUUCAGAAAGCAAAGCAACGAUGAUGCGGAUGAUAGCGAUGAUGAAACUGAUAAGAAAAAGAAGCACAGUAAGAAAUCUAAACAACCCUUACCGUCCGCGAAGGAUAUGCCCUCUCCUAACUCCACCAUUAUUUUUGUUUCCACCAGGCAUCAUGUCGAAUAUGUCAGCAAUCUAUUAAAGGAUUGUGGUUAUUUGGUAUCUUACCUGUACGGAACUCUUGAUCAGCAUGCUCGUAGACAACAAUUGCACAACUUUCGCUGCGGGCUUACGAAUAUAUUGGUGGUGACAGACGUUGCAGCAAGAGGUGUGGAUAUUCCACUUCUAGCCAACGUUGUGAACAUGUCCCUGCCUGCAUCUUCCAAGAUUUUUGUGCAUCGUGUCGGUCGGACUGCCAGAGCAGGCAACAAGGGGUGGGCGUAUACUAUCCUGUCGGAAAGCGAACUACCAUACCUUUUGGAUCUAGAGUUGUUCUUGGGCAAGAAGGUGCUUCUGACGCCCAUGUACGAAGCAACCUGUGAUCUUCUCAAGAAAAAAUGGAUCUCGGAAGGAAAUGAGGGUGCUCUUUUCCAGCCACCAAAGAUCUCAUAUGUCAAUAGACUGAUUUUGGGUUCUGCCCCUAGAUUGGACUUGGAGGCCAUGGGUGAUCUCUUCAAAAACCUUGUCGAAUCCAAUUUUGAACUGCAGAACUUGAAAGCCGUUUCUAUAAAGGCUGAGAAAUUAUACCUUAGAACAAGGCAGCCUGCGUCCGCGGAGUCGAUCAAGCGCGCUAAAGAAGUGAUUGCUGCCGGAUGGGAUGAGCAGAACGUGCGCUUCGGAAAGAAUAUAGAGAAGGAGAAGCUAGAGUUCCUAGCUAAAUUGCAAAAUAGACACAACAAAGAAACUGUGUUUGAAUUUGCACGUAAUCAUGACGAUGAAAUGGCCAUCCUGAUGAAACGUCGCAGAAGACAGAUUGCCCCAAUACAACAGAGGGCAAAGGAAAGGCAGCAACUAUUAGAAAAAGAGCGCCAGGCAGGGUUGCGGCACACGUUGGAAGAUGAAAUCCUCAAAGGUGAAGAGAACGAGGUCGGCUAUUCGGUUCCGCAAGAACUCCUCAGAGACUUCGAGGAUGCAGAUGAACUGGCCGCAAAGCGCAAUACCAAGAAGGGCUUUAGAGAUGAAAACUUUUACCUGUCGCACUUUGCUCCUGCAAGCGACAUACAGGACAAGCAGUUGCAGGUAGCCUCCAGCUUCACAAAUGAAGUCAGCAAGGCAACGUUCGAUCUUCACAAUGAUGACAAGGUUCAGGUCCACAAGCAGACUGCCACAGUCAAGUGGGACAAGAAACGUAAGAAGUAUGUUAACGUUCAGGGUAUCGACAACAAAAAGUACAUCAUCGGAGAAUCUGGUCAGAAAAUUCCUGCAAGUUUCAGAUCCGGUAAGUUCGAUGAGUGGUCCAAGGCACGCAAGUUGGCACCAUUGAAAGUGGGUGCCAGGGAAUCCUCAAUUCCUGCGAACUUGUUGGCUGAUCCAACUGGUUCCCGUCUUGCAAAUGGUAAAUUCAAACACAAGCAAAUAAAGGCUCCAAAGAUGCCCGACAAGAACAGAGAUGACUACCAGUCCCAGCUCAAGAAGGUCAAUAAGGCUAUGGAGAGUGGUCUGCAUGUGAAGGGUUACAAUGCACCCGGUAUGAAGCAGGAACUGCGCACCACAGAGCAGAUACGGAAGCAAAGAAGUAUGGCAGAGAAGCGGAAGGCGAAGAACGCUAGGCCAGCAAAGAAGCGGAAGUUUUGA